CACCACGCCCUCCUGGAUUUAGCCAACGCACGAGAGAAUGAGCGGAAAAGCAGAACAGAGGGUCCGCUCAGCGGCUCUCGCGCGCGACACCAACGAAACCAAGAUCCAGCUGGCGAUCAAUCUGGACGGUGGCGCAUUCCCAGCCGACACGGAUAGCAGGCUCCUGAACGGGGCCGACGGCCAUGCGACGCAGGCUUCGAAGUCGCAGACCAUCGCUAUCAAUUCCGGGAUUGGCUUCUUGGAUCACAUGCUCCAUGCUCUUGCGAAGCAUGCGGGAUGGAGUCUGGCACUCAAUUGCAAGGGGGAUUUACACAUUGACGACCACCACACCGCUGAAGAUGUGUGCAUUGCACUUGGAAGCGCCUUUAAAGAAGCCCUGGGUGUGCCAGCAGGGCUUGCGCGGUUUGGCUCCGCAUAUGCGCCUCUGGAUGAAGCCUUAUCGCGUGCUGUGGUCGACCUUUCGAAUCGGCCGUUUAGCGUCAUCGAUUUGGGCUUGAAGAGGGAGAAGAUUGGGGAUCUGAGCUGUGAGAUGAUCCCGCAUUGCUUUCAGAGCUUUGCGCAGGCUGCCAGAAUUACAAUUCAUGUUGAUUGUCUUAGAGGAGACAAUGAUCAUCAUAGGGCGGAGAGCGCUUUCAAAGCGCUUGCGGUGGCUAUUAAACAGGCGACGAGCAGGGUCGCUGGAAAAGAGGGGGAGAUACCUAGUACAAAGGGGACUUUAAGUACAUAA